UGAUAACGGUUGUGCUCAGGCUGUGGUGAAUGAGAUUGAAGAAGAGUUCUUGUUUUGUAUCUCAGUUUCUCUCUUUUUGGACAAAUUUUAUUUAAACAAAUAAAAAUAUACUACGGAGAUCUCAGACUCUAAUCAAUGGAGGGUAUUUUAAUAUUUACAUCAUAAUUGUAUCGGAUAUUCGGUAGAGAGGUAUUGGGCUGUUUUGUAAAUAUUUAUUUAAUAAAUUUCUGAGGAGAGAAGGACUGCUGCUGAGUAGAGUGGAGGGGAGUCGGAGAGAUUGGAGACCAGUCACACUGCCAGGUGCGGCUCUUUAAUGCUUCAAUUGGAUGGUAUUCAACCUGGAGACGGUGUGAAGGCUGAACGUUUCCCCGGACUGUUGGGCACACUGACUGGCUCAAUGAUGGAACUACAAACAUUACAGGAGGCCCUGAAAGUGGAAAUUCAAGUCCAUCAGAAACUGGUCGCCCAAAUGAAACAGGACCCACAGAAUGCUGAUCUGAAGAAGCAGCUCCACGAACUUCAGGCUAAGAUCACAGCGCUUAGCGAGAAGCAGAAAAAGGUGGUGGAGCAGCUGAGGAAGGACCUGCUGGUGAAACAGGAGCCGGAGGUGAAGGUUCAGGUGCUGGCUACAGACAAACACGUACUCCAGAUCCCCUCCUCCACUACUCUGCAGGCCCUACAGCAGACCACACACACCCAGGCCCUGCAGCAGAAGACGCUGACAGUCACCCCAGUCAUCUCCACUAAGACUCUACCUGUAGUGCUGAAAGCUGCCACUCCCACCAUGCCUUCCUCUGUUGUGGCGCAGCGCCCUGCCACCGUCGCCAUGGUUGCUGCCAUCAGCCAUGCCUCCAAGCCUAGUGUCGUCAACUCCCAGAACACACCAGUGAACCUUCAGGUGGCUAGCAAAUUGACCAAUCAGUGUUUUGAGCCCGUCCGACUGGUGUCGAAGAAUGCACUUGUGGUGCAGGCCACCACCACCCCCACCUCAGCACAGCCAAUCAAAGUUCCUCAGUUUGUCCCUCCUCCUAGACUGACGCCUCGACCCACCUUUCAACCACAGGUCCGUCCGAAGCCCGUCACGCCCAAUAACAACGUGCCAAUCGCCCCGGCACCCCCUCCGGCCAUGAUGGCGGCGCCCCAGUUGCUCCAGCGGGGCCCGGUGAUGCUGACCACCAAGUUGAGCUCCUCCUCGCUGACCUCCAGCGCCGGGCCCAUCCACCAGGUUCGCAUUGUCAACGGCCAGCCAUGUGCUUCCUCUGGCGUCAAAAGUGGCCAGCACACAGGCACUGUGACAGGCAUCGUUAUCACGGCCCCGGCACGCCUCGCCACCCCCAAGCAGACACUGCAGAUCAGCAGCCUCUCCUCAGACACCAAGGCUGUUAAAACUCACAGGGGAUUGGAGCAGAAAAUGUUGGCAAGCAGCACCCCUCCUCUGUCUCCAGCACCCAGACCGAAGAGAGAGGACAAUCCUCAGAAACUUGCCUUCAUGGUUGCCCUCGGACUUGUCACCCAUGACCAUAUGGAAGAAAUUCAAAGCAGAAGGCAGGAGCGUAAGCGAAGAACAACGGCGAACCCGGUGUACAGUGGAGCUGUGUUUGAGCCCGAGAGGAAGAAGAGUGCAGUGACCUACCUAAACACUCCGCUCCACCAGGGAACCAGAAAGCGAGGUCGCCCACCCAAAUACAGCAGUGUUCCGGAACUGGGCAGCCACACCCCGACCUCCCCCUCCAGCUGUCUCACUGCUUCCCUGGUCCCCGAGCGGCCCAACACGGGGGGGAGCUUCCCCUUCCAUGUCCACCCCCACCACUCUCUCCCCCUGCCCAGCCCCAGCUCUGGGGAUGGAGACAUCCAUGAGGAUUUCUGCACUGUGUGCAGACGCAGUGGCCAGUUGCUCAUGUGUGACACAUGCUCACGUGUCUAUCACCUGGACUGCCUGGACCCACCCCUGAAAACCAUUCCUAAAGGCAUGUGGAUCUGUCCCAAAUGUCAAGACCAGAUACUGAAAAAAGAAGAUGCAAUUCAAUGGCCGGGAACAUUGGCUAUUGUUCAUUCCUACAUCGCCUAUAAAGAAGCUAAAGAAGAGGAGAAACAAAGGCUAAUUAAGUGGAGUGCUGAGCUGAAACUGGAGCGGGAGCAGUUGGAACAAGGGGUCAAACAACUCAGCAACUCUAUAACGAAAUGCAUGGAGACCAAAAACAUCAUCCUGUCUCGACAGAAAGAAAUGCAAGUUUCGUUGGAGAAGGUCAAACACCUGGUCCGCCUCAUUCAGGCUUUCAGUUUCAGUCAAACCAUGGAGACCGAGGGUACAGGUGACAUCACAGAAGAUGCUACAAAGAACAUCACGAGGGCCAGGGAUGCAAUUGUCCCAAUUGAAAAUGCUGUGGACACAGUCAACACAGAGGCUGUAGCAGAAGUCAAUAUCCAGUCUGUGUAUGGGGUGAAGGCCAAGGUCACAGCACAGGACAGCAGCGAUGUUGAAGCCAGAAAGGAGGAGGUUGUAGCUGAUGUUACCAUCAAGACAGUAGCAGGAGUUAGCGCUGAGCCUGUUGCCGGGGUCAGCACCGUUGCUACAGUGGACAGCCGUGUUGAACCCGUAGCUGAGGUCAACACCGCUGAGGAAGUGACUGAGGCCGAGACGAAAACCACAGCAGUGGUCAGUGCAGAGGACUCUACUGGGGUCACGACCAAUGGCACCACUGACCUUGUGUGUACUGACGAAAGCUGUACUAACAAGGUCGAGAGCUGUACUAGCAACACAAACACCAACCAUGAGAACAAGGUCACCACCACUAACAACACAGAGCAGGUGGUAGAAGAGGAACAGGAAGAGAACACAAACGAUGAUGGCAGCAGCACCAACAACAGCAAAACCUCAGAACCUUCCCAGAAAUCUUUGCCAGCUCUUCUCGACAGUUUGGACAAUAAAGAGUAACGCUCUCUUAGAUCGGCCCCACCCCCACAUUAAAAAAUGACUCUUGCUUUCAGCUUUGAAAGGUGCCCGACGUUGCCAAUCUAUAUAAAUGUUACUUGUUUUCAAUGUAUUGUCAGACUGUGUCAAUAGUAAAUCUACAGCCCGAGUCUGAGAUUGCUCUUGGAUGCUGUAGGCUAUUAUACCCCAAGCAUGGGUGAAAGGGUGGUUUGUGUACCAGUGUCAUGCCAAUUAAGGAUAGAAAGAAUAGUAGUAAUGCUAAAAGUAAGCUAAUUUAUAACAUCACACCAUUGUGUGCCUGCAACAGCUGCCCUCAGAACUCUCGUGGGGGUUGUUUUUUUUAGGUUGUCUUUUGUUCCUGGGGAGGCAGGUUAGAGAUGUCCAAAGACUGCUGCACCGAGAACGUGUUUCUCUGGCAUUAACUGAGAGAAACAUCAAACCAAAAGAUUGGCAAAACAGCUGAGGACAGGGCUUUGAAAAAUUCUAAAGCAUCAGUAUUUAAGUGGGAAACAUUGAGGCCGCCAGUUGAGUGUCAUUGAAAAUCAAACAUGUAAAAGAAGAGAGCCUUCAGUUUUCCCAAUACCUUCCUCCCUUUUCCCCAUUCUCAACCGUACAUGACCAAUAACUAUUGACCCAUUUACACAACACCUCAGGCAAAACAAAAGCAACGUCCACCUGCUUUUGAAGUAUGAGGCAGACUGCUUAUAGAGCUUGCUGACCAGGGCCUUGCUGAGGAAGACCCAGGUAACAAAGACGGUCAUCUCAAGAGACAGUGGAGUCAGAUCACACAUGGUAGCUUAAAGUUUUCAAAUGGUGUAGGUCCAGUGCAGUGAUUUGAGUUUCUUUCGUGAGUCAGUGUCAACUGUGAGCACUAAAUGUUAAAUUGCAAUAAUGUUGCAAUGUCAAAAACAAACACACAAAAAUAUCUAUCUGGGGUGUGUUUCUUCUUUUUAUAGGAAAAGAUAUUCAGGUCUUCCUAGUCUUAAAAAAUAAGUGCAUUUCUGUUUCAUUAAACAGUUGUUUGUUAUUAAAUGUGUUUAACUGGCAUAGUUUAUGCAAGUAAUUAUCUUUUAAAAGAGGUGACCUUUGCAUAUUAUGAAAUGUAUGUUUUUUUGUUUUAAUUCUGAACUGCCAAAAUGCUAUUGUAUCCAAAUAUAGCAGGGACAUGUCCACUAACUGUAUGGAAAGAUCAAGGAAAAAAUUGAAUAUUCAAUACCAUCUCAGCAAUUGGCAAUACCUGGUAAAUAAGCAUGAGUGCUUAUUCAACAAUCUCAUCAAAAUAUAUUUAUUUCCUGGAAAAUGGAGUGUUGCAUCAGCCCACUUUGGUGGUGGUAAGGAAAAAAAACACAAAUCCUGAGAUUAAAGCACAAGCUUCUGCAUAACAAAUGUGUGCUGAAAAACUUUUUUGUAUGUUACAUAUAGAACAUAACAGUAUGCAUUUAGUUUGUUGUCAUGUAAUUUAUCCCCAAUUUGCCAAUAUUUUUGUAUUACCCAAUUUAUCUUUGAGGGUGAGACUGAGGCCUUGUGCAGCAGAAAUUGUCUUGCUUUCCUACCCAUGAAACAUGCUUGGAUAACAGAACUGACCAACGAACCUAUCCCUAAAUACUCAAUAGAUUUGUGCUUCCACUGGUAUUUGCUUUUUAAUGCGCCAUCAACAUAUCUGUCCAAUGUUUUAUAAUUUGUGGGGCCAGUACCCUGUUUGUUUUUUUCCCCCAAUUGUUUUCGACCAAGUUGUUCCUGAAUUGUUCAGCAACUUUUGGAGUUGGGACCAUUCAGGAGACUGGUGAUAUUUAUUGUUAGAGCAUGUGUCAGGUCUCAAUUUUUUUAUUAUUUUUUAUGCUAUACUGUUGCGCAUUGCAGAGUGCACAGUCGGCAACAUACAUAUCAUGUUGACGUCAAUCCAUGACCAAUCGACAUGUCUUUGGAGAAUGUUUUCUGUGUUGAAUACAGGGACUUUAAAUUCCAGAAAUUCUACAUUUCAAGGGACCGAAUUCUCAACAUUGCAAUUUUUCUUUCUUAGCUAUGUUAAAAAAAAAAGAUGUAUAAAUGCUGAGUCAAUUCAAAUACAAGUCUAUUUUUUUGCAGUUUUUUAAACACAUCAGAAUGGAAGAGUUUGACCAAGAGAUGCAAUCAAGUGCAAUGGCUAUACUUUCUUGUCUUGUACUUUCUCAUAGAUGAAUAAAAAAGGGUUCUUUGCCUUCUGAGUCUCACAGUACUCGUAAGGAUAUAUCUUCACCACGGAAACACUGCAUAAAUUGGCUGGGUGUCAAACAUUUUUCAUACGGUGUCCCUUGAAUAGAACAAAGUAUUCAGACAUCCAUUUCACAUUCAUAUGUUUUUGUCUUUGUUAAGCCUGAACUUAUUUUACAGAGACACUUGACCUUUCCCCUUUUUCGGUACCUCGAGUGCCUUUCUUCCAACAGCAUAUUUUGUCUCUUGACUUGCACUGUGGCUUGUAUUUUUACCUUACUACACACAAACACACAACUCUUGUCCUAUGUUCUCCCCAUGUGAUUUCAUAUCCGCCCACAAAACUCUGAAUCUUCAGCAAACAUAUGCAUCUGAAUUAUAGAGCACAAUUUGAAUCUGCAUAAUGAAUUAUUAUUUUUUAUAAAACUUUGGACUUUUAAGUUUUUUUUCUCACAAGUAGUCUGUAUAGCAGCUGCCUUAAAUGUAUUUUAUUUUUUGUUAUCUCUUCAGGUGAAUUCAAUUCAUUUUGAAAUAUAUGUAAUGGGUAAAACAUGGGCAAAUCUGUGGUUUGUUCAUAAUGUACACCACUCAGUAGUUUGUUCAAGUGUCACAGGCACUGGUACAAUAUUUAUGGAGGAUUCUUUACAAGCUCUUGUAUAAGAAAUGGAAUAUGUGUGACUGUUAGAAUGGUAUGUUUUGUUGUGAUGCACUUUUUGGUUGAAUUCCCACCCAGUAUUAUUUUUUUACGGUCCCGUCCACCCCAAAAGAUGUGAUGUGUAUAUAAUAUGAAAUAGAAAUAACCCAGAUAUCUUCUUACCCUGAAUUUACCUCCCUAUUGUUGAGAUUCUAGUCUUGUCAGCAUUAAAACUCCGUAAGUACAGUGCCAGUGAUCAUUACUUGUCCUCUUUUUGUUCCCUCCUUGUGCAGCUUUUUCUUUUCUCACCCAUUCUUUUGUAUUUGUCGUGCAGUAAGUUUCAUCAAAUUAGGUCAUUAUGAAUUGAGCCUUGGCCUGUGUGCGUUCAAACAAAACAGCACCCUGAUUGGAUAAACUUCUUAAACCCCCUUAGCACCAUCUUUCCAAUCAGUCCAACAGAAAGCAUGCCUUCUUAUGCAAGUUAUUUUUUUUUUUUAUACAAAUGUUUGUCAAACUUUUUUAAUAUGCAUUUAACCGUCUGUUUUAUUUUCUAAAGGUUGUGAAAUUAGUCACUUUUCAUUUUACAUUCUGGCAACAUGCCAUAACUAUAGUAAACAGUAGGCAUCUCAAAAUAAGAAAAUUGAAGUUUUUUUUAAACACCAUUUGAUGUGGCAUCUCUGGCAAUAGUGUGUUAUAUUUGGAAUUCUCCAAUGGCAGAGGAUUUUAAUGCCAUGAACUGUGAAGUCUGUAAUUGAGGAAAAAACAUCAUAUAAGAUGUAAUGAAAGUGCAGUGUCUUUUGGCUCAUUCUUCUCAAGGACCAUUUUCUAUAAAAUGUUUGCCUUCGCUAAUGCACCAUGCUGAAUGUUAUUGUUCGGGACAUGGGGUGGGGAUAGUUUGAAGUGGUCUAAAAUGGUAUUGUCUAAAAUUGUUGAGUGCAUUGUCGUGUAAAAAAAAAAAAAAAAAAAAGCCGAAAAAAAUACAUUCAGUUAAAGUACUUGAGCUCUUAAACCAAUAUACCCAAAGAAUAUUGCAAAUGUGCAUUUAUAUUUGGAAGCCAUUAUGCAUUUGAUACAUAUCAGUUCAUAGUGAGGCUAUGUUAAUUUCUGCUUCAGUAUAGCGUGCAAGUUCACGGAUGUGAAGGAAAAGGUAGUUAGCAGCGGAGACACACAAAAUGAAAUGUACGUUGUUGGGCUAGAGGGUUGAAAAGUGAAAGGGUUUCUUUUAUGCAUAAAAAUUACAUUUACCGUUCAUUCCAGAGUGAAACUUCACAGAACGAUCCUGUAGAGUAGCUCACUUGUACAUUCUCACAAGUGCAUUAUAUUCUGUCAAUGGCUUUUUUAAUAUAGUCUGGAUUUUUUUGUUCUUAUGAUAUACCAAGUCAUGAUCGUGGCCUUCUAGUAUUGUUGGUACAUUUCAUCAUCCAUAAUACUCAUCAUUCAUAUGUUGUGACUUCCCUGUUGUAACACCUUGAGCUUCUUACCUCAUCCACUGUAAAUUCAAUUGGAGGAGUUUCUUUUUUAAGAGUGCAAAAAAGUGUCAAAAAAAGAAGCUUCCAUUUGGUGAAAGAUGAUGCAUUGUAGCGAUACAAAUAAACAAAGGUUCACCUGGUGUGCUGAAUUAUGUGUAAAUUGUUAAUUACACAACUGAAUAUUUGUAAAAAAUUGUUUGUAUUUUUUCAUAAUUUUAAAAGUGUGUAUUUGACUUCUCUUCUGUUACAGAUAUUUUUCGUUUGUUCGCCUGACAUCGAGUGGUCCGUUGGGUUUCUUACCUCUCCUGUAUUGAGCCAAUUCUGUGAUGAAUAAUUUGUAUGCAGUGUUUAGAAAAUACUGUAGGGAACAUGGGAAGAAGUUGAUAUUAGGAGCAUUUGAUCAAUUUGUAUUUAUUUAUUUUAUCAUUUUGUUAAUAAAUUGUCAAAAG